GCUGCUAUCUCUUACCUUCCAAAACACAAUUUAGCCUAAUCGGAUAGUUCAUAAUACACUAUAAAUAGCCUCUAUCCGGUCAGGUUUUGGACAAAAUGGCGACGGUGAGAAGGAUCAAACUUGGGUCGCAAGGUCUUGAUGUCUCAGCUCAGGGACUAGGCUGCAUGAGCAUGUCGGCCUUCUACGGUGCUCCGAAGCCUGAACCCGACAUGAUCAAGCUCAUCCACCACGCCGUCGACUCCGGUGUUACCUUCCUCGACACCUCUGACCUCUAUGGACCAUUCACCAACGAGAUCCUUCUUGGAAAGGCACUAAAAGGGGGAGUGAGAGAGAAAGUUCAGCUGGCUACUAAAUUUGGCGUCUAUGUUCAUGACGAUGGCCAGUUUGAGGUGAAGGGAGACCCUGCAUAUGUGCGGGCUGCCUGCGAGGCCAGCCUAAAGCGGCUUGACAUCGAUUGCAUUGAUCUCUAUUACCAGCAUCGCAUCGAUAGUCGUGUGCCCAUUGAAGUCACGAUUGGUGAGCUGAAGAAGCUAGUAGAAGAGGGUAAAAUAAAGUACAUUGGAUUAUCAGAAGCCUCAGCUUCAACAAUAAGAAGAGCGCAUGCUGUUCAUCCAAUAACAGUUGUGCAAUUAGAGUGGUCUUUAUGGGCAAGAGAUGUUGAGGAAGAAAUUAUUCCUACAUGCAGGGAAUUGGGUAUUGGUAUUGUUGCAUACAGCCCUCUAGGAAGAGGAUUCAUGUCAUCUGGACCUAAGAUUGUUGAAAAGAUGUCUGAUGAUGAUUAUCGAAAGACUCUACCAAGAUUUCAGCCUGAAAACCUCCAACAUAAUCAAAAGAUAUUUGAGCAAGUGAAUGAAAUUGCCUCCAGAAAAGGAUGUACCCCGUCUCAGCUGGCAUUGGCCUGGGUUUACCACCAAGGAAAUGAUGUUUGUCCCAUCCCUGGAACCACUAAGAUUGAGAAUUUUAACCAAAACGUUGCUGCCUUGUCCGUGAAACUGACACCAGAAGAAAAAGUCGAGCUCGAAUCUUUGGCUUUGGCUAUAAGAGGUGACAGGUAUGAUGAUUCCUCAGUUACUUGGAAGAAUUCUGAAACUCCGCCAUUAUCUUCAUGGAAAGUUGAGUGAAGACGCUGCAUUAUGUCUCCACGUUUGAUAUGUGUUGUUACUUUCUCCUUGUGGCUCAAGACCCCUUUUGGGAACUUUGUCUUGAAGUGUGUUUCGUUAUGUACUCUUUAGAUUUUCUUUAUGUUUUAUGAUCAAAUAAUAUAUGUGAAGCGAGUGUGUGAAGAUGUUGUUACUGCUAUUCACAAAAUUAACACGCGAUUAAGUUUGGCCCCUGGUAAAAGUUUAAGGUUUUUUCACU